GCAUUCCUUGGGUACCAUCCGAACCGGAAACAGCCGAAGGCGCGGAAGAAACCAUGGCAACAGAGCGCGAGCGCGGAGGUGUCUCGCGCGACGCCCGCUGGUCGUUCCGCUCUCGCGCUGCCUCCCUCCCUCGGCGUAGUCCGAUAUCGGCAUAUUCCGGAGAAUUAUAUAUAUAUAAAACGCACUUGGGGUUUAUUUUACAGCCACUACCAGGGAGGAAAUCACGUAUGCCAUUUGUUUAACUCCUUAGGCAUUGAGUGAGUAAACGCAAAACGGCUACCGUGACAAGACACCUAGAGACAUUACACACAGUAGCUGGGAAUGAGACAAAGCGAGGGAGAGACAUAUCAGCGGUCCAGUUUGUGGAAUAAAAACACGAAAUUCGAGGCUGUUGGGAUGUGAAACAAUAAAUGUCGGUAGUGUGACAGGUCAUUAAAAAGACUAAAAGACGAGAAGAUGGUUUGCGCUACGCUCUAACUAAGCCGGCCUGGAGAGCAGUGCACUGAAGUGGAAGUAAACCGGGUGAAAUUCGUAUUGCUCCGCCGUGUUGUUCGGUUCUGUUGUUUGGCCGUAUUAGUCCGCCGCAGCCGGCCUGCUGUGUGUCCGUACGGGGCAGUCAGUCCACGGCGGGCGCUCCCGGGGUCCGCAGUCCCGCCGCAUACGGCUCGCUCGGCACCGCGGACACGGUGUCACACGCUGCUCCGUAAACAGCUCUGCCUUCACACAGGGCGCCCAGCGGGUCCGGCAGCCGAGGAAGAGCCGACACACCUCGGACCCAUUUUUUGCGACGCGCGGCUCCACGUCCACACAGCGCGUGUGUGACACUAUAGUGAGGCGGAGGCUGUUCGUCAGGCUCUCUCUACUUCGCAACCGGGCGUUCGCGCGCGGAGACGUCGACCGCCCUGCGGUGAGAACAGGGGGGGAAGCGCUCGCACUCGUGCUCGCGCUCGCGCUCGGGCUGUGGAUUCGGGAGCCAUGGCGGCCGUGGUGAACUACUCGCCUCCCUGGUGGGUGAACCUCCUCCACCGGCUGCCGCACUUCAACCUGCACUUCGAGCAGGUCAGCAGCGACUUUCGCCCGGGAGACUCCGAGUACCAGAAGUCAAUCCUUCUGCUGGGUGGUGUGGCACUAGCCUGCCUGGCGCUGGACCUGCUCUUCCUGCUCUUCUACUCUUUCUGGCUCUGCUGCCGCCGUAGGAAGUCAGAAGAUCAGCCCAACGCUGACUGCUGUUGCACGGCCUGGUGUGUCAUUAUUGCGACUCUAGUCUGCAGUGCUGGCAUUGCAGUUGGUUUCUAUGGCAAUGGCGAGACCUGUGACGGAGUCACUCGGUUCACGUACUCUCUCCGGCAUGCUAACCACACAGUUGCAGGGGUGGAGAAACUGGUAUCUGACAGUGCUACCUCUUUGAACCAAACCGUGGAGGAAGGCCUGCAGCAGCUCGAGGGUCGGUACGCUGCACAUGCAGACUACCUGUCCAUCGUGCAGAAACUGCAGGGUCAGCUGGAUGAGCUCAUGCGCCAAAUGAUGGAGAUCCCCUUCUGGGAUAACGGCAACAUUUCCCUGGAGGACCUGGCAGUGAAGACGGAAAUGUUUGACUGGUACAGGUGGCUGGCGUACUUGGGUCUCCUCCUGUUUGAUGUCCUUAUCUGCCUGCUGGUGCUGUUCGGCCUCAUUCGCAACUCAAAGGGAACGCUCAUCGGGGUCUGCUUUCUGGGCGUGCUCACACUCAUCAUUAGCUGGGGAUCCCUGGGCCUGGAGCUGGCUGUUGCUGUGACCUCCAGUGACUUCUGUGUGUCCCCUGAAAUGUACAUCAUACAAAUGGCUGAAGACAACGGUGUUGUCCGUCAAGAUAUCCUGCAGUACUAUUUGAAAUGCAAUGUGGGACAAGCAAACCCUUUUCAGCCAAAACUGUCCGGAGGCCACAAAGCGCUGGUGGAGAUGCAGGAUGACGUAGCGGAGCUGCUGCAUUCGGCUGUGAAUAAGUAUCCACAGACCAAGGAAACUGUGGAGCACAUCCAGGGGGUGCUGAAUACGACGGAAAUCGGCCUGCACCAGCUCACGGCCUUGGUGGACUGCCGCAGUCUGCACAUGGACUACGUGCAAGCACUCACCGGGGUGUGCUAUGACGGAGUGGAGGGCCUCAUCUACCUGGUCCUGUUCUCCUUCGUCACAGCGCUCAUGUUCAGCUCCAUUGUCUGCAGUGUACCCCACACUUGGCAGAGCAAGAGGAAUGAGGAGGAGGAGGAGGAGGACGGCGAGGCGGAGUCGGCGGCGCACGGCGGCCGGCAGCCGCACGAUAACCUGUACCGCGUGCACAUGCCUAGUCUGUACAGCUGUGGGAGUAGCUACGGUAGCGAGGCCAGCAUCCCCGCAGCCGCGCACACCGUCAGCAACGCCCCCGUCACAGAGUACAUGAACCAGAAUGCAAACUUUCAGAACCCCCGGUGUGAGAAUACCCCACUGAUUGGCAGGGAGUCCCCACCACCCUCUUAUACCUCGAGCAUGAGGGCAAAAUACCUUGCCACCAACAGGCCUGAUCCCAACAGCUCUGCAGUACACUAAAGGCCAAAAAUCUCACACGUCCUCAGCAACAAGUUUGGGACCCAGCAGUUUCCAGAAUUCUCUGAACCCCUGCAACACAACACACCACCACCAUCCUAUCUGGUUUCCCCCCACUGCUUUACAGGCCAGUGGCAGCCCUGUGCCCAUACCUUCCACUUCUGUCUGACUGAUAUGAUCUGUACCCUUCAGUCAAGCCGUUGAGUCAGUUACAUCUUUCAUGAUUUGGAAAGAGCCGAAGAGGCAGCCUCUCGUGACGUGUCCUGUAAGAACCGCACCUCUGUGUGUUUUGGAUGCCAUCGGGAUGCCAGGAGUUCUGCAGCAUGGAUGGAGAAUCCAGGUGUGUGAUCAAGUCCAGACCCACGAGAGGACAGCCUCAUAAGGGUCAGCCAGCGGUAUUGCCCCGACCUUCGCUCAUUUUCCUGGCCGUGGGCUGUGGAAGUCUAAUAAUAAUAGGGCCACUCUUGAAGUGUGGUGGGAGAAGAGUAACAGCCAGCACCGGACCCCAUCUUUCAGUCCUGCAUUUCAUCACACCACCUUUAUAAACUAAAAAAUAAGAUUGUCAGCAUGUUUUUAACUUUUUCAAGAGGAAAAAAAAAAUUCUUUCACGACAGCCCUUUCCUCUCAGUGCAAUCUGACUGAGGAAUUUGCUCAGUGGCUUUUAGCUUCUGUGUAGACUGAAAGUAUCAGUGUGUAAUGCUGACGUGUUCUCUGUUGCCAUUUCCUGUGCAGAUGCAGAAUAAAUAAUAGUGUAUAUGUGUAGGUAAUAUUCUGCCACUCAAAAUGGCAGUUUUUAGCUAAAUUUAAUGUCUAUGAAAAAAUGAAUGGCUGCAUAAAGACAGCAACUUGGAUGAGAACUUGAUUUUCCAGGUAUGAAUGAGGUCCACAAAGUUCACAUUACAAUUGAGUGGCUUCAUUUUAUCAGUGAUCUGUGUAUGCUUUUCCCUCUUGUUUUGAGUGGGAGGGAAAUGUAUUUUGAGGGCCUGUUCUGUUUAUGAUAAGCGAAGAUGGUUUGAAAGGUCAUCGUCACAUCGCGAAAGCAAGCAAGCGGUCGGGUUUUGCCAUAUUGAAAAGUUAUUCAGCAAGAACAAAGGUGAACCUUUUUUUAAUUUUAUUUUAGUCUUUCUGCAAUCCCUCAGAUGGCAAGGAGGGACUAUAUGAAUUUUUUUGCAUUAGUUCUGCUCAGGAAGAUCUCAGCCUACUUUUCAACAAGGAUUGGAUUGGUUCUGCGUGUAAUAUGGUGUUUCUUUUUCCAUUUGAUGAGCAAAACCUGUGUAAGAUACAAAAAAAGGCCUUUUGUCUUAACUGAAAUUGCCACUCACCUCUCGAGGCAUUACUGUAUCUUUUUUGAACCUUCGACAUUGUUACGCUGACAAUAACAUCAGUUACUGUACAGUCCUUUUAGUUUUUUAUUGGUGUCAGCAGGGUACCAUGGGACCAGUGGACUCUUACUUGUACAGUACUCCCUGGCAGCUGUCAGUGUCCCAUCUCAGUGUAGUGCCACUGUGUCAGCGGACCUACGGUCCUGUGGCGUUUCGCCUCACUUGAAUCAUAAGCACUCGCGUACACGUGAAAUGUGAACUGGACGCCGAAUGCCGCUUCACCCUCCGGUGGAGCCGGGCUCGCGAACGAGACUUCGGACGAGGAAGGCAGACGUGCGGUGCCAAAAACGGAGAGGGAAGGUCAGAGGAGACGCCUCCGGGUCGCUCUGCAUUCACCUCCGAGGAGAGGAAUCUGCUCGAAUGCAGUUCAGAAGAGGCACGUUGGGGGUUUUUUUGUUUUGUGUGUGUGUGUUUAAGGUUAACAAACUUGGUGCUCUUUAAGUGGCAUAAUGUGACUAACAAAUCUAACCAGAUUAGCUGUCAGGUUUUCUUUAUUAUCUUUCAUUGUGUGUUUAUGUUCUAAUGAUGCAUUCAGUUUUUUUUUUUUUUUUUUUUUUUUAAAUGAAUCAUUCAAUAGGACAGCACAUGGGCAAAAAAAUUUUCUCAUUAUGAUGAUCAGUUCUGCUUCACAAAAGUGUUUCUGGAAAGCACAAUAACUGAAAGACCUUCAGCGUAACGGUAAAGGAGAACUGAAGGGAAUGAAGCACACCUAAGCGAGACAUACAUGUACACCUGUUCAGCAUUGGUCCUGAACCGCAGAACACUUUAAUUUUGAAUAUGUGAGAUACUCUGCUGUGAAAAUAUCGAACUUGCGGUGUUCUAGUGCUAGUGUUGGUGUGUCUGUAUAUUAUGUGGCUGGUGUGUUUUGCUUGCCACUGGAGGAGGGCUACGCCUGCUUCCUCCCCAGCACGUCCCGUCGACCUGGCCUCCUCCGUGUCAUAACUGCACGGACAGUUGUGCUGUAAUGUUUUUAAUUCUCAUAUGCAAGGGGGGGGUUGGGUAACGUGCUCACCAUUACAAUGUUAAUAUGUUAACAGUUGUUUCUUAUUAAAUUGUGAUGAGGGAAAACAUUCCACAUGUAUUUGGUCUGAACAAAUCGUGGCUUCCUCUGUUAGAUGGAGGUGUCCUGGCAAAGUGUGCCCUGGAAGCCCAUGUGAAAGGAAGAUUGUUGCCACUCAGCUUUGAGUUGAGGAACUGCAAGUGUGUGUGUGUGUGUGUGUGUGUGUGUGUGUGUGUGUGUGUGGGGGGACUUUUUGUAAUGAGGGGAGAUGGAAUUGUUGAGUGACCACAAUAUGUGACAAUACAGAAAGUGUCCCCUCUACUUCGCAUCCUCAAUAUAAAGUUUUUUUUUUUUUUUUGGCAUUUUGUACAAUUUAUUUUCUAUUACUGGCAGCGUGUGCAACCAAAAUGGACACCUGUGAAAAUUGAGCCCUAAUUUUCUGAAAGGAAAAA